AUGGGAACCAACUUACACGUCUACGAGUUGCUCGCGCACCAACAAGUGUCCAUCUCGCAACCUUCAUCCAGCCUGCAGCUGUGCAGAGCUCGGCAACCUGGAUUCAGCAUCCACGAUGAUAUGCUGGCCCAUCCGCAGUUUGAAGUCGUCUUCCCAGAUACCAUAAUUCUCGAGAAAGAUGCGCAACGAAUUAUUGAAUCCUCACGAUCCGCCCAGACCACCUACACGGCCGAUUUCUCUUCGCAGACUGACCUCACCAGCCAGACCCGUGAGUCCGCGGCCGCAGACGCCGGUCAAGAUGGCGAUCCCGAAGAUGGCAUGCCAGAGGUGUCUGAGGAAUUCGAAAUUAUCAACAUUCCACCUUCCAGGUUCCUCUGUUCUGUCCCCGUCCUCGCGCCACCUCCCGCCCCCAACCAGACUGCGACAGACCUGGCAAAGGCAGAAGAGGCCCGCGAGCUUGCGCGGGCCAACACGCGAGGAUGGGAGCUCAUGAGCGAUCUUGAGAACCAGUGCCUCUACUUUGUGUCAGGCUGGUGGAGUUACAAGUUUUGCUACGGACAGGAUAUCGUCCAGUUCCAUGCGCUCCCCACCAACAUGAAGGGCGGCCUUCCAGCGCGGGAUCCACACAGCCAGGAGUACGUUCUGGGCAGGGUGCAACAACCUCACAGCACCAAGAAAAGCAAGAAACAGAGCAAGGAGUUACAGACGGACACGAAUAGCCAGCAAACCGACUUCAAGCCUCCUCCACACACGGAACUGCAGGUCAAGGGCGAUCAGCGCUACCUCGUACAGCGCAUGGGAGCUGGCACGAUUUGCGAUCUUACGGAACGCGAGAGGACCAUUGAGAUCCAGUACCACUGCAACCCGGGCUCGACGGUUGACCGUAUCGGCUGGAUCAAGGAGAUUACCACAUGUUCAUAUCUCAUGCUGGUUCACACGCCUCGCCUGUGCGAGGACGUGGCAUUCUUACCACCAAAGGAGACUCGCGCACACCCCAUCAGUUGUCAGCGUAUCUUCGAUUCUGAAGACGAGGCGAACGCCUGGCGAGUGCGUAACAGCAUCGAGGCCGCAGAGGCCGCGGGUACCCUCCAGGGUCAAGAGGAGGCCGACGAGGGGGCCGAGGGCGAAGACGCCACACAGAGACAGCAGGACGCGCAGGGUAGGAACAAAUUCAGCGGCAUGGAGAUAGGCGGCAUCAUUAUCGGCGGCAAGGAGCUUCACGGCACGGACGACGGUCAACCCCCACCCAAGUUGAAGCCGCCACGGGGAUUCGUUGCGGGCAAAGGGGCCUCGACGAAACCGCUUAUCGAAACGCUUGCUAGGGCCCUGAGCAAGGCCGAGGGUGGACAGGUGGAGAUGAUGACGGACGAAGGGCUUGAGAAGCGCAACCUGGAUCCGGACACCAUAGACCAAUUUCGCAAGGAGCUGGAGAAAAUCGCGGGAGACAAAGCCUGGACGCUCGAGGUGGUCGAGGUGCCGGGAGAGGUGCCGGAGAUCCGGGGCAUUGUGGACGACGGGGAGGGCGAGGGCGAGGACGAAGGCGAAGGUGAAGCCGAGGUCGAGGGCGGGGAGGGCGAGGAAGGAGAGGGAAGCGAAGAGAAGUUCUUCAAGGAGGAACUGUGA